AUGCGCUUUCAAGCUUCUUUCGCGGCCAUUUUGGCUGCUGCUGCUACUGCUUCUGCUCACUCCGUCGCUGAAAAGGCGCACGGUUUCGCUGCUGGUGUUACUGGCGGUGAGGGCAAGGCUAUUACUCCCGCUACCGCUGAGAAGCUCGCUGAGCUUACUCCUCGUGCCAUUUACCCUAUUGCCUCUCAGCAGGAUUGUGAUGACGAGCCCGCUACCCAAGCUCCUGCACCCACUGCUGUUGCCGACUGUGAUGAGGAGCCUAACUAUGACUCUGAGUACGCUUCCAAGCCUGCUACUCCCAAGGCGACUGAUGCUGCGGUAAAGCCUGUUGUUCCCAAGGAGACAACAAAGCCUGUCGUCCCUAAGGAGACCACCUCUCAGGCUGAUUGUGACGAGGAGCCCAACUACGACUCUGAGUACGCUUCCAAGCCUGCUACUCCCAAGGAGACUGCAGCUGCAACAAAGCCUGCAGCUCCCAAAGAUACCGCUAUUCAAGUCGACUGCGAUGAGGAGCCUGAGUACUCCGAGUCUGAGUCUAAGCCUGUUGCCCCCAAGGAGACUAUCAAGCCUGUCACUCCCAAGGACACCACCUCUCAGGCUGACUGCGACGAGGAGCCCGAUUAUGACUCCAAGCCUACUGUUCCCAAGGAGACUGCGGCUGCGACCAAUCCCGUGGCUCCUACAGAGACCGCUGCUCAAGUCGACUGCGACGAGGAGCCCGACUACAACUCCAAGCCUGAAGCUCCCAAGCAAUCCGGGGCUGCCACUCCUGUCGCUGAUUGUGACGAAGAGCCUGAGCCUACUGUCAAGGCUGAACCCAAGCCUACUGCUUCCCAGAAGGACUGCGAUGAGGAGGAUGAGACUGUCGGGGCUGCUGCCGAGGACACUCCCGCCAAGGAGUCCUCUUCCAGCGGAUCCUCUACUGUGCAGAUGUAUGGCCAGUGUGGUGGUGCCAACUUUACCGGAUCCACCAAGUGCGCUGCUGGUAGCUCUUGCAAGAAGGUCAACGAGUACUACUCACAGUGCCUCAGCCAUAGCCGUGUUCGUCGUUACAUGCACACUUACGUCGAGGAUGAGGCUACUCAGCCUUAA